AUGCAUAUUGCGCUUCACUUUGAAGAAGACUUAGAGGAGUAUGCCACUCCUUUCAAUAGCAAUGUCCUUCCUGGAGAGAACAAACAUCGGCAUCUGAAGAAGCUUGCAGAACAGACCAAUCAUCAGAAUCCAGAAAAGCACCUGCUCUUGAAUGAAUGCCUUCAAAGGGGUACACAGCUUCGGAUGGAAGGAGCCUAUGCUAUCGAUGACCCAGAUGGAACUGAAAUGGCUCGUAAGGUCGCCCGGACAUGUCCUUCUCUAAUCAGAUCUCGCUACGGUGUUGCUAUUCCAGAUGAUCCUUCCAAAACUGGCUCAAAUUCUCGGAAGAAAAAAAGCAUAUUAGGACAGUCCGAGAAUCCAGCUGAAACUCCAUUCCACUCCAACAUCAGGGCGUGGUCUCCUAACUACCAGGAUCAUUUUGGGAUCCCCAACCAGCUUUCUUUAUUACGAAUGAAAAGCUCUUUCCUGGACCUUUUACGUCAUUCCUAUAAUGCCGAUUAUUCGAUUCCUCACAUUGUGGACCCAGGUCCAGGCUAUUUACGCUGGUACAACAAGAUAACAUUCCAGUACAGGGAUAAGACAUCAACCACAACUCUGUCUACAAACCAGUUCGCCAAGUUCCAGAAUGGAAGCUUUGUGCUAAUCCUUAACUUUUUUACUCACAAGUUACUGGGGGGAAACUGA